AUGGUUAUGGUUUUAGCUAUAGAUUUAUCUCAUAACCAUUUCUCUAGUGGCAUUCCAAGCGCUCUAGCAAGCUGCACGGCUUUAGAAUAUUUAAAUAUUUCUUGGAGUGUAUUUGAAAGCCCGAUUCCAGCGUCUCUGGCAACACUUAAAAAUCUUCAAGACAUGGACUUUUCCUUCAACAAUUUGUCAGGUACAAUACCAGUGGCUUUGCAAGACAUGAAAAUGCUUCACCAUCUAAAUCUAUCUUCAAACAGGUUAACUGGAGAGGUUCCAAAGGGAGGGGGUUUCUCAGAUCUGGGCAACUCGGCAGUUGCAGGAAAUCCUGGUCUCUAUGGUACAUGGAUAAAUUUACCACCGUGCCCUAAUUUCAAGUCCAAGCACAAAGGGUUAUCAGUCUCCCAUAAGGUAACAAUUGCUGUUCUCAUCAGCAUUGUAAUAUUAAUCCUGUGCUUUCUCUCACUUGCAUUUUCCUAUAAAUGGAGAUUUAAGAGGCAGAGCAUCUCUACUGAUAAUGUAGAAGACAGUGUCUCUAGUGAAACUGACAGUGGAGAUCAGAGUACCCUUGAUCUCCAUGUAGAACCCACAAGGAUUUCAUAUGAACAACUUGUGAGUGCAACUCUGCUGGGGAGGGGUCGCUUCGGAUCAGUCUAUAAAGGAACUCUGUAUAAUGGGACACAUAUUGCUGUCAAAGUUCUUAAUUUCCAAGAUAAAAAUGCCCAUAAAAGUUUUAUUACAGAAUGCAAUGCACUGAAAAGAGUUCGACACCGCAAUGUGAUAAAAUUCAUAACAGCCUGUUCCAACCCUGUUCUUAAAGCUUUGCUUCUUCCAUUUAUGUCAAAUGGAAGUUUAGAUAGGUGGCUGCAUCCAGAUGGAGGAGAUGAAUGUAAACUAGACUUAAAUGAUAGAUUAACAAUAGCACUAGGAAUAGCCCAGGGGAUGGAGUAUCUGCAUCAUUAUUGUUUUGUGCAAGUGAUACAUGUGACCUGA